AUGAAUAUGGGUAAACAGAGAGAAUGGUUCACCCUUAUCAUAGACUUCCUGCAGGUGUUCCACGUAGACUUCACGCUUGCUGUCUUCCAGCCAGAGAUCAACUCACUAAAUGGCCUGGACAGCUGUGAGCAGGUGUCUCGUGAUCUGGGUAUCACUGAGACCGAUAUGAAUAGGACCACUCCUCUGCUGCUUGAGCUUGUCAAGAGAGACAGACACAGGGAGAAGGCCUCCAUCUUCUCAGCGGUAAAGACACACCACAGCUUCGUCCACUCUCUGAGGGAGGAGAGCCUCUCAGGGCGCUCCCCAAGCAGCUUCGUCCACUCUCUGAGGGAGGAGAGCCUCUCAGGGCGCUCCCCAAGCAGCUUCGUCCACUCUAUGAGGGAGGAGAGCCUCUCAGGGCGCUCCCCAAGCAGCUUCGUCCACUCUCUGAGGGAGGAAAGCCUCUCAGGGCGCUCCCCAAGCAGCUUCCUCCACUGUCUGAGGGAGGAAAGCCUCUCCCCAAGCAGCUUCCUCCACUGUCUGAGGGAGGAAAGCCUCUCAGGGCGCUCCCCAAGCAGCUUUGUCCACUCUCUGAGGGAGGAGAGCCUCUCAGGGUGCUCCCCAAGCAGCUUCGUCCACUCUGAGGGAGGAGAGCCUCUCAGGGCGCUCCCCAAGCAGCUUCACAUGGAGCCUUGCCUCUUCAGGUCAUCCCCCAGGAGAGCAGCAGAUUUGGGGAGGGGAGUGGUCAGCAGCACCCUGGUCUCCCUUCUUUUGGACCCGGCCAGCCAACGGAGUGCUGCAGGUGGGGGGGUCCCACGCAGGAGAAUCCCACCACAGAGACCCCUCAGGCAGCAGGAACGCCAUCCAUCAGAUAUCUCUAAGAGUGAGGUGAGCAUUGGAGGAGAGAUCGAGGAGGUUUCCGUCGAGGGACCUGACAACAGCAAUAAGUUUGAUGAGAUCACUCAGGACCUCAGUGUAUCUCAGCUCAGCCAGACUCAAGGAGCUGACUACAUGGAGGUGGUGGCAUGA